AUGGACACCGUUGUCCAUUGUGCUUUCUCUCAUUCUCUCUUCUCUCUCUCCUCUCUCUCUCUCUCUCUCUCUCUCUCUCUCUCUCUCUCUCUCUCUCUCUCUCUCUCUCUCUCUCUCUCUCUCUCUCUCUCUCUCUCUCUCUCUCUCUCUCUCUCUCUCUCUCUCUCUCUCUCUCUCUCUCUCUCUCUCUCUCUCUCUCUCUCUCUCUCUCUCUUCCUCCUCUUGAUUUUCAUAGUCUCUUUGCCAAAACCAUAG